AUGGCACUGCCGCUUUAUUUUCUCGUGAGACUUGGCAAUAUUGCAUGUUUCUUUACGGCUCGUGUUACAGUCGUAUUUAACCCCAAUGUAUUUUUUUAACGACUGUUCACUGAUAAUUUUUCCGUACGUUGUGAGAGGCAUUGCACAGUUUACUACAAUUUAUAGUUCGUAUUGCAUUAGAUAUACAUUUGUAAUUUUCUGUAGUCCGCAUUAUUUGCUGUAUUGCUUCGAGGCAGGUGUGUAGUUGUCUCAGAAACCGGGAGCAUGAAUGAAUGGUGCAGAAAGAAGCCCCUGGAGUGGCAGGAAUAUGUCAACAAAGAGGUGAAAGUUAAUGCUGCAGAACAGGAAUACAAAGGAUGGGUCUUCACUGUGGAUCCCGUGUCUGCCAAUAUUGUCUUGGUGAACUUGAAGGAUGGCGGGAAGGCAUCCGUCAUGGCAGUGAUGGGACAUGCUGUGGAGGCAGUGGAGGUGCUGAGAGAAGGGGACAGCAGCAUGGCAGACCAGCUGACCUCCUUAUUCAUGCCAGCAGGGGCCCAGAGUUACAGCAGAGAGGAGCUGGAGAACAGGAAAAGCUGCCUCAGAGACUGGCUGGAGAAGAAUCGAAUUCCUUUUACCGAACAGGGUGCACAACAGGAAACACUCUGUGUGGCUGGGGCUUUAACAGUAAAUCCCCCAUAUGGACCUGAGGACUGUAGCAGCUCCAAUGAAAUUAUUUUAUCAAGGGUGCAGCACCUUAUACAGAGCAACCCAGACUGCCAGCAAGAUCAAUAAGACUUUCAGCUGAUCUGGUCAACAUCAUUUAUUUUUAUUAUUAUUGAUAUUAUAUAAUGUAUUGUAGUUCUGCAUUCAGUUUGCUGUCCAAAUGUGUGUGUAUAACAGAUAGAAAAACAUUUUGGAGUGCCAUAUUCACACAAACAUACCCACCUCCAAAGGGCAUGUUCAUUUUUAAGCAUACAGUGCUACUUACCAAAGCAGAAUAGGGUGACCUUCGAGGGUAUGCCGUUAAAGAUGCCAUGAUAAUGUGUAAACCUAAUGUAUAUUUAUUCCAAAUUAGUUAAGUUAUUAUGGCAUAGUGUAAAUGCCAGAAAGUAUUUGAAUUCUGCUGGCCUUUAUGUUUGUAAUACAUAUGUUUACUUUUUUUUUUUUUUUUUUUUUUUUAAUAACUUAAAUUCCUAAAAAUGUUUUUGAGCACAGAUACAAUCUCUCUGUAAUGAAACAAACAAAAAAAAUCGAUGUGACUAGUAUGGUCAGAAAAGUAUUGAAAGUUAAGAAUUUUUGUUUUCAUUUUCUGUUCAUUUGUUUCAAAUGUUGCAAUUGUGUUCAUUUCUAUUGUGGAAUGGCAAUGCAUAUGAAAAAGAACGCAUG